CCCCAGCUGCGAACCAUGUACUCCGCAGGCUUGGAGAUCCUCGGUAUGAUCCUCGCUGUGGCCGGGUGGCUGGGGGUGAUGGUGGCGUGCGGCCUGCCCAUGUGGCGGGUGGCCGCCUACAUCGGUCAGAACAUCGUCAUCUCCCAGGUGAUCUGGGAGGGUUUGUGGAUGAACUGCUCGGUGCAGAGCACAGGCCAGAUGCACUGCAAGGUGCACGACUCCAUGCUGGGACUUCCUGUGGACCUGCAGGCAGCUCGUGCUUUGGUCAUAGUCUCCAUGGUGCUGAGUAUUGUGGGCAUUUGUCUGUCAGUGGCCGGCGCAAAGUGCACCAACUGCAGCCGGGAUGUGAGCAGCAAACCCCGGCUGGUGGUGACGGCUGGAGUGAUCUUUCUGGUGGCUGGACUGCUGCUGCUGGUGGCCGUUUCCUGGACGGCUCAUGCCAUCGUUCUGGGUUUUUACGACCCGCUGCUGGAGGAGACGGGGAAGAGGGAGUUUGGUAACGCUCUGUACUUCGGCUGGGCUGCCUCCUGCCUGCUCAUCCUAGGCGGAGCCCUGCUCUGUUGCUCCUGCCCGACGAAAACACCUACAGCAGCAAGUAAUGGCUCUAUGCCCCCCCGGGUGGACUAUUCACCGGUCAAGACCGUGUCAGUCAACGGAUACACCAGAAGAGACUAUGUAUGA